CAGCCAAAGUUCAUCAUGAAGAGUUACGUAAGACACACUCAGGGGAGGGCAGCCGGCCAGACUGUGGGAGGGGAGAGCAACUCUGUCCAACUUAAAGAGUGGGAGAACAGCCGACUCUCUGUCUCUCCUCUCCACACAUUCAAGGAAUCCGUCAUGGCUGCAGAAACAAAGCAGACCUGCUAUGAGGGCAGUUCUGUCGAUAGUUUCCAGUUCUACUUACAGCAGUCAGGAGAACACGAGGCCAUGCUCCGGUGUGUUCAAAACAUCCUGCCGGGAGAAAUGAAAAGGACCGGAGCUGAUCGAAGCAGCCUGGAUGUUCUCGGCGUUGGAAGCGGUGGAGGGGAGAUGGACGUCCAGAUGCUCAGCCUGCUGCAGUCGGCGUUCCCCGCUGUCCCGAUCACUGCGGACAUCGUGGAGGGCAGCUCGAAGCUCGUAGACAACUUCAAAGCUUUGGUGGCGAAGACCCCCAACCUUCAGACGAUCCCGUUCACGUGGCACGUCAUGCACAGCGGGGACUACGAGAGGCAAGUCAAAGCCAAGGGAGACGUGAAGAAAUUCGACUUCAUCCACAUGAUUCAGAUGAUCUAUUACGUGGAUGACCUCGCCGAUACGAUCAAGUUCUACCACAGCCUUCUGAAGAGCAACGGCAGGCUCAUGAUCAUCAUCGAAACAAGAAACGGUGGCUGGGACACCCUGUGGAAGACGUACCACAAGGAUCUCUGUGUCGACGCCAUCACCGAGUACCGCUCGUCAGGCGAAGUUAUCGCCUGCCUGAAGAGCCUGGGCCUGAAGUACGAGGAGCACGCCGUUCCCAACGCCUUUGACAUCACUAAGUGCUUCGAUCCAAACAGCCAGACUGGAGUGCGCCUGCUGAAUUUCAUGACGGCAAGAGAUCAAUUCUACCAGUCCUUCACCCCUGAGAUCAGAGCGGGGAUUUUAGAUCUGCUCAGAAACAAGUGCAGCACCGAGAAGGAUGGCAAGGUGCUCUUCAACAGCACUCUGAGCUGCAUAUUCGUUCAUGCUUGAGUUAAUGCUAUGAAAAAUUCACACAUUCAGAGUUCCCCUAAUCCAAUCUCUGCCAUGCCACCUGAUCAUUUGUACAAUACAUUUGCCUGUUUGCUAUAUUUUUCAGCACAUAUUCACCUCAUUUAAUCUCUCUGUAUACCAGCAUCUGUUCACCUCAUUUACUCUGUAUGUGUACCAGAAAGGUCAAUAAAAUCAAAUAAGUUUCA